AUGCUCAGUUUAGAGUGUAUUGCUAGAGAAGUUUUUUUUUUGGUGGUGGGUGCAUUUGAACCGCACAGGGCCGAUCAGCACUGUCCAGAGGGUCAGGGGUCAUGCAGCCUCAUAGGACAGUCCGAGGAGUAUGAUAACUCCUCCUACAAGCUUUAGCCAGUGCUUGGCCAGACACUGAUAGAAGUUCACAAUACACUGCUGAUGAGAAAAGGUAUUUAGCAGUUUAUAUUUAAUAAAAUAAUUGCAUUUCCAUGUAGCAUGUACUGUGGGAGAUCAGAUAUAGAGAAUGCAGGGUCCUGGG